AUGGCACAACUGCUCACCUCUGAACUCACCUCGUUGGGUGCCGAAGCUCGGCGGAAGCAUCCCGAGAUCAAGCAGGCCACCGAUGCCGUACUUGCACGACUCAAGUCAGAUGCAGACACCUUCCUCGCUUCCUCCCGUCUCGAUGACAGUCCACCGUCGGAUCACCCAUUGCUGCGACCUGUGCUGCUCAGCUGCGAAACCAAAUUACCCAAAGUCAUCUCACUCGCCAUGGCUCUCCUUCAGCGCAUCUUGCUUCAGCGACUCAUUCCGGACGCUGGUAUCCCCACUAUCGUCAACACACUCAACAGACUUCUCACUCCACCGGGCAAGAGCGACGUAGACGUUCAGCUCAAGAUCCUCCAGAUUGCUUCGGCGCUCCUCUCGUCUUACCCGAAUCUGCACAAUGCAGACCUGUCCAACACACUCAUGCUCGGUUUCAGGCUUCACGAAGGAAGCAAGGUCGCUGUCGUCAGCUCUACUGCUGCUGCGACUCUUCGACAGAGCGUCAUGGCUGUCUUUGACAAGAUCAAGGAAGAGGACGCGGUGCUCGACGGGAUCAAAGGGGGAGGCGAAGAGGCAGCUGCCCUCGCACCGCUCGCAGCCAUGUCUGUGGAUCUUCCAGACGGCCCGGUCACGCUGUUCCCAUCAUCGCGCGAUGCAUACCUCGUCUUUUCAGAUCUUUGCUCGCUUGCCAACGCCGAGCCAGCCGCCUUCCUGUCUCUCGACUCACUAUCCAAGACUUUUUCGCUCGAACUCAUCGAAAGCGUUCUCUCGAACCAUCCGCGCCUUUUUGCCUCUGCUGCCUCGACCAAUAAUCAGGGUAAUGCCCAUCCAGAGCUGCUCUUUCUCCUUCGUUCUAAGGUUUGCCCACUCCUCAUCAAGAGCCUCAGCGAGGCGCCUGCAUUCCCUAUCCAUCUUCGUCUCAUGCGUCUCCUCUUCCUCCUUUUACGCCAAUUCAGCUCUGAUCUCGUGCUCGAGGUCGAGAUCCUCCUUUCUAUCCUGCUUCGUACCGUCAAUCCCUCGGCCCAGGAACUGGCGUCACACGGAGGCUCCCAGCCACUGCUCUGGCAAAAGGUGCUUGCGCUGGAAGUACUUCGCAGUCUAUGCUCCGACGACGUCUUUCUCCGAAACUUGUGGCUCUGGUACGAUUCGGGCCAUGCUAUGACAGACUCGGCUGAGCCACUCAGAUCAUCCUUUCCCAUCUUUUCCAAGCUGGUCGAGACGGUUCAAAGUGUCCUCCUGCAAGGCGAACGGCUGUUUGCCCAGGAUGCGUCCAUGCAGAGUACGCGCGACUCGAUCGAAGCUCCCGAAAGUCCUCGCAAGAGCUCAAUACGACCGAGCACAGAUCGAAGCUUCAGUGGCCUCUACGAAGCGGCGGCGGGCGUCGCCAGUGCUGCCAUGUCAGGUGUCUAUGGCUUUUCCGAGACAGCCGGAACAGAGACACUUUCUGCCGCCAGCUCGCCCUCCAUCCAAAUCAUUGAUCAGCUCGACAAGACAGAAGCUCCCAACGUUGCAUCAGCUGCUUUGCCAAAGACCUAUCCGCAGCUUCUGGCGCUGCAGUCCUGUCAUCUUCUUACGCAAUCCAUGGCGUUGUACGCACUCCCGCUUUACUCCAAGUUCGUCAACUCUCGCGACAAGGAUGCAGCGCCGGCACCACCGGCGAUGCGAGAAGCCGACAUCGACACCCUCGUCAACUCAUCCGAGCGGGACGGCCUUCGCCUCACAAGGUCCAUGCUCAGAGCUUCAGCAUUCCCACUCAGUGACGUCUUCACACGAUACCUGCGCAUCAAGUGCACUGAUUCCAUCUUUGAGGAAACACUCUUGGCGCUGAGGAACCUCACCAAUGUCACGGGGGCCCUCGACUUGGUUCAGCAGCGCGAUGUGAUUCUCACCAGCUUCAUCGCCCUGGCUGUGCCUGGAUGGGACGCUGCUGCUCCAUCAGCUGUGCUAGACUUGCUCAAAAACGGCGUCGCCCAAACGCGAAAGAUGUCGACGCGCAAUCUAGCUUGCCUUAAAGCGUACGUGCAGGUCGCUUACUACCUCUCUGGCGCUCUCGGACCAUUCUGGUAUCCGGUGCUCAGCGGACUGUGCGGCGCCCAAGCACUGCUGGUCUCGCUCAACACAACAGCAGAAGCGAGUGGCAAGGGAGAUGAGAACGAUGAAGAAGGCGACGUCAGUCGCAACGGCCGUACUACGCUCUCGACCUUGACCCAUGGCGCCAUGAUGUCGCUUGACACGAGGUCGGGGAGAAAUCAGCUUCAGCUGCUCAACGUCGCCGACUUGCAACCCAUCCGAUUGCAAGCACUUAUUCAAAGCGUUUUCGAGAACACCACGUCGCUCGAAGACGCUGCUUUCGUCCUGUUCAUCUCCUCACUGUGUCGUCUGAGCGGCGACACGUUGCUAGCCUCGGUCGAUAUGCCGAAAUCUGCAGCAGCGGACGCAGAACUUGCAUCUCCACGCGGUUCCGGAAUCCAGAGUCGGGCGCCAGCUAGAAGGACGGAAGGGGCUUCGUCCUUCUAUCCACUGACCUGCUUGGAUUUGGUGACGUCUUUGAACACGCGACGGCUCUGCUUCCUUCCUUCAGAUCAAGCUUGGAAUGCGGUGGCAAACCACCUUGUCGCCACCUUUUCCAACCCUGCCCUUACUUCGGGAUGGCGCUCACAAGCUUCUCAGGCUGCCAACAAGCUCGCCUUCUCUGCCAUGUCCGAAGCUGCAGAAGCCUCGAAAGAGCAAGACAAGCUGCGAUUGCAAAAGCAGGCCUUGCACAUCCUUUCUAGCGCCGGGGUUCUUGAAGGACGCAGGGCCACCACUGUUGACAUGGAACUCAGAACGUCUUCGGUCGAGUAUCUUAACAAAAUCCUCGAAACGUUCGGACACUCGCUGGUCUACGGCUGGGAGACGAUCUUUGACAUUUGCUCCGCCGCCUGCAAAGAGGACAAACGGAAGGCAGACACCGUCUCGGUACCCUCUGCCUCUGCUCAGAAAGCGCAACUGACUCUGGUCAAGGCCGGCUUCUCGUGUCUGCAGCUCGUCUGCUCCGAUUUCUUGUCUGCUCUGAACACCGAACAGAUCCGCAGGUGCUGCAGCUGUCUUAACGACUUUGGGAGCCAGAACCUUGAUGUCAAUGUGGCGUUGACUGCCAACGGAUGCCUGUGGGGCGUGACAGCCGAAAUGGCCGCUCGUGCCAAGAAGCAAUCGGGGGAGGGCAGCGCUGCUUCCGUCGAAGCGGCUGCACAGCCUCUAUGGUUGUUCCUGCUCCAGUGUCUCUUGUCCAUCUCUCAAAGCACAAGAUCGGAAGUGCGAAACGGCGCCAUCUCGAAUCUGUUUCGAGUCCUGCAGCAGUACGGCGAUAUGUUAGGCCCGGCAGUGUGGCAGGAGAUUGUCGACACGAUCAUUUUCCCGCUGAUCAAGCUACUCGGCGCGUCGAUCAAGGACCUCGAGAGCGGUUCGGAAGACAGCACCGAACUGAAGGAUCGACAGGCGCUGAUGAUGGGCACGCUUCCAAGCGAGUUGAAGCAGUGGCAGGAAUCGGAAAGCCUGGCGCUGACCCAGUUCGGCGAGGUCGUGCGAGCGUAUUUGCCGACCAAGCUGAUUCGCAGCAGCACCUUUGAAGAUAUGUGGACAAGGUUGCUCGAUUUGACCACGAGCACGUUCCUUCGAGGGCCCGCGGAUCUCUCACAGGCGUCUAUCAAGUGCUAUACCUCUGCGUUAUCAGCCAACGUAGACGACGAGGCUCACACUGACAAAUCUGCACGAGCCAAAAUCCAAGUCGCCUGGAAGGAGGCGUGGGAAAGCUGGGUCGCCAUUGGCGAGCAGAUCCGUCGAACUAGCACACAACUAGGCGACGCAAGUCGUUCGAAAGCAGACGAUGGUGUAGAAAGCGAAGCCCCCACGCCCUUCCUCUUCACGCAGAAAAAUCUCCUGGCAUACAUUCAAGCCUUCCCGCCGAUCCAUCGCAUUCUGCAGGCCGACUUUGACCAAACGAGCGUUGAAGCGCUGCUGACAAGCCUCAAAGCAUGCGUGUCCUACUCAUGCAGUCCGGACAACAUGUCGGAUCGGGCGAACCUGACCAAUGUCCAAGAAGCAGCUCGUGCCACGGCCAGAUCCGUCGCGGGUGUCCAGAAUGUUCCCGGGCUCAUCUUGAGCGAUCUGUCUGAGUGUAUCUGCUUGGCAUACUCGGGCGUCGAUCUGGAUGCGAAUAGGAGCCAGAAAGGCCCUACGUUCAUUGCAUUAUCGCGAGCAAGCAUCGAAGAAACGUUCGGGACAUUUGUGACAUACGAAGAGGACACAAGCAUCUACGAGGGCGGCGCAUUCGAGAGCCUGCUUUCUGCACUCAUCAUCCCGAUCAAACUCAAGUACGAGUGUCCGGACAGCCCGAAUGCCAGCUCCAAGACGGAACGGAAAGCCGAUGCUCGACCGGUGUGGCAACUCGCUACUCUGGCGCUGUGUCGGAUCUUGUCUCGCUGCUGUCCCAAGCUGAGCGGCAGAGCAGGACAAGAACGGCUCGGUCUCGAGACGGUAGAGCGAUUGUGGGGCAAGAUUGUCGAUGCGAUCCAGGCUACCAUUCUUGCCGACUCGACGCUGGCCCAUACGCUGCCCAAGGCCAUCAAAGACGCUGACGAGCGCUUCGGCCUAUUUGUGCUCGGCACGAUCGAGACAUCCAUCAUGCCAUAUUUGGGGGAGAAGCACGUGCCAGACCACCUGAUCGAGCGUUUCGGGCGUACACUCGCGGUGGGUUCUAGACUGUAUACCUUUGAAACACAGGCAGAUGAUCAAGGUGGACGAGUGGACGAUCCGCAAGAGACGACCAACGAGCGAUUCGCGUACUGGUGCUUUGAUCUGCUGUUCAUUGGAUGCCAUGGUCGUUUUGGUGAGAGUCACUCCGAAGAGGAAGCGCAGCGCAGACUGGCGACGGUACUGCUGCGCCACCUGAUCGGGCGAUGUCAAGAAUCGCUGUUGUCGUUUGCACGCGAUCUUGAGAUCCGCAAUAUGAUCCCAGUGCAGAGGAUUCGGCAGGAGGAAGUCAAUUAUAUCCUCCAGAGGUAUCUCGAGCUGCGGCUAUGGCCCGAAACUUACACUGGUGGCAAUUCGAGCGAGGUUGCCGCAUGGCACAGCUCGCAGCUUGCCCAUCUCUUCUCAGCCUUCCGCUACCUCCUGCUGCUCGUAUCGACUCCCAAAACCUCGCCCGGUCCGUCAUCGGAGGUGGCUAGCAUCGGCACGUCGCUACCGCCGAUCUUGCCGGCCGAUGGCGUGGAUCUGGCGAGGAGCUUCGAAGAGGUUGGGCUGCAGGUAGGGACCGUAGGUUCUACGAGGGAAGUACUUGGGGUGGCGGAAGGGGGGAUUGUUGAUGGAGCGAGGAAGGCGGCAGCGAGGGAGCUGGCUUCGAAGGCCCUUGCGUUGAUCGGGGACGAUCUGAUAGUGCCUCUUUUGCCGGAUUAG